AUGAGGGACUAUGCCUGCGCCUUGUGUGGGUGGUUCAUCCCCCAUCGAACUGACUCCGUUUCCUGGUACAAUGAGUUCCGUGGUCUCUGUUCUGGUCCUGAGGGCAUUAUCCUCACAGGUGUGGGUCUGUACGAAGAUCCAUUCGAGCAAGGCGAGCCUUUAGUCGCUCCCAUAGAUCGUGAUGGUCGGUGGGAUGAUUCGGACUAUAACAGCCCCCCCGACCACCAGUUCGCCGCCAUGGGAGAGGACGACCAAGGCCUGGGUCGCUAUGGAUUCUUAUUUCACGAAGCUUGUUGGUCUCUCCUGGAGACUGUCUUCCUCCCUGGGGCCGUACCGUGCGAGCGGCUAUUCAACAUUUGCAGGUCAUUUCCCCUUGUUCGAUACCACGAGGGCUGCAUCAGCUGGGGCCAUGAUUAUGCUGGUGCGAUUCAAACAAACGACUUGAACAUCUUUCCGUGGGAGCACAACCACGAGGAACUCGCAGAAUUCGAACCUGACUCAAUCUUCAGUACUGAUCCCUACCAUGGCGGAGAAGUCAAGUGGCUUCUUACAACCAUCCCUAAACAACCGCCCGGGGAGCUCCCGCCAUCUUCAAACACGACGUACCAUCAAAAGGACUGCUUCAGCUCGCUCCCAAUAGAACUCCUCUCGGCUAUCGCAGUGAGGAUGUCAACGUGUGAUUUUUUGAACGUGCGGCUGGCAUCAAGAUCGUUCUGGCCAAUAUUUGACGACUACCAUUUCUGGGCGUCAAGAUUCAAGCCUGGGUCCGAGCGUUCAUGGAUCUUCGAGAGACGGGAUGAUGAUAAACGCCAUAAUUGGCGGUGGAUAUAUCGUCAAACCCAAACCGCCCUUCUGAGCCAUUCUCUCGAAAACAGGAAACGGAUUUGGGGACUUGCUCACAAGCUCCUAGACAUUGUUCAGCUCCGCUGGACUGAGCUCCCUGGAUCACCCCCGAUGCUCUCUCCGGACCAAAAAAUGACUUCACGUGCAUCUGGAUAUUUGUGGAAGGACAACCAAGACAAUCCCUGCUAUUCUCUUGGGGAAGGCUGUCGAAUCCUUCAUCGUCAGUCCGUCCCCAUUUCACCAACCACAGCACUCUUCUCCAUCUUCUCUGUACACCUUGGGGACAGGGUGUACAUUUGCGGAAUCACAAUCACGUCUGUCGAAGGAGUCGUCAUUAACCUAGGCUACCAAUCCGAGAACACAAGCUCCGUCGAGAUAUCCGGCGAAAUCACAGGAUUCGUGCUUGCAAUAGGAUAUAGAGGUAUCCAAGCCAUUCAAUGUGUCGUGAGCGGCAAUCAGAAGAUCGCAUGGCUAGGAUGCCCUGAAGAAGUGCCUCAUACACAGUGUCUCGUCAUGUCGAGCCGUAUUACUGCAAUCGAAGCCGGCUUUGAUGUACGGUCUAUCCCGUCAAGGUCGAUGCUUAGCUAA